GUUGACUAAUUUUAGGAGGCCUAAUAAGGAUCUUGCAUGAAAGUCGAAACCUGACUCAUUGUGUUCAGGGCACUAGAGUCUAGAUCUAUUUUUCUUCCAGAGCUAUAGGAACAGGAAGCUGGUAUCUUCGAGAUGGGACUUUUUGGGAAAACACAGCAAGCAUCACCAAAGGAAAUGGUUAACGAGUGGACCCACAAACUUAGAAAGGAAGGCAAUAACAUUGAGCGCCAGAUUCGAGGUAUCCAAAGGGAGGAGGAGAAGACGAAAAGAUUGUUGAAGGAGUCGGCUAAGAAAGGAGAAAAGGAUGCUUGCAGAAUCUUGGCCAAAGAAAUCAUCAAAGCAGAUAAGCAAGUCAACAAGCUGUAUGCGUCCAAAGCGCACUUGAACUCUGUUCAAAUGGGCAUGAAACAUCAAUUGGCAACUCUACGCAUUGCUGGAGCUCUGGCUAAGAGCACAGAGGUCAUGCAAAGCAUGCAACAGCUGAUCAAACUUCCUGAAAUUCAAGCAACAAUGAGGGAUAUGUCAAAAGAAAUGAUGAAAGCUGGAAUCAUUGAGGAGAUGUUAGAAGACACUAUGGAAACCCUGGAUGAUGAUGAGUUGGAUGAGGAGGCAGACGAGGAGGUUGACAAAGUCUUGUUUGAUCUCACUGCAGGAGAGCUCGGGAAAGCACCAGAGGCUGUGGAUGAAUCUCUUCCGGCGACAGAGCCAGAGGGCGCUAAGGCCGGCCCGUCUCGGAGUCGCGGGGCUGCUGCAGCUGUUGCUCUGGAGGACGAUGUAGAUGAUGAGGAUAUGGAUGACAUGAAAGCUCGCCUUGAGGCUCUUCGGAGCUGAUGAACAUCGGCAUUUGCCCUGACAUGGCUGAUCUCCUCACUAGGAAAAUCUUGUUGCUGUUGAAAACUUACAUUGUAAAUAAUUCUCGUCUCAUGGGGGAAGUGUUCUUUCUCGUAUAACAUUAUUAUUCAUCAUGUUCCUUUCAUCCCCACUCUCAUGUUUCUUUUCAUUACAUUAGUUUUGGGAAUUUUAUAACAUUUUGGGUUUUUUUAAAUGUAGGCUGCAUAUGUAUGACUAUUAUGAGUUUUUUACUACCUGUUGUUGUGAAUUGUUAACAAUUAAAUCUCUCAUUUAAAAAAAAAAAAUGAUAAUUGUUCUCAUUAGUUCCUUGUAAUUAUUGUGUGUUCGUCUGGUUUGCCUUUCCUUGUUACAUAAUGUAUAUGUAAUGGUAAGAGAAUAUUGUAAAACUUUGGUCUACAUCAGAGUUCUCUAAAGUUCUGACAAAAGCUUUUACCCAGAAAAACUUGUUUAAUCCUAAUUUGGUUGUGUUGGGAAAUGCUUCCUUUAUCUUAAAUUCUGACCACACAGCCCUUGCAUUUUAUUUUUGCUGCUCCUUCCCAUUUCCUGAAAACCUGCUCUAUGAGCUAGUUUGUGUUCCUAUGCUUCGUUUAUUGCAGAUUGGGGGUCAGGUUGCUAGUUUUGAAAUAAUCAGUAUUGAAAAGAGGCCUUCUUCAGCAGUAAAAACAAUGCUAUGUAAGGGAGACUGUGAGAUACUUUGGUCUACUUCUCUCAUAAUACAUCAAGGCCCAAAACUAUAGUUUUCUGCUGUGAAUACUGAUGUGUUGAAAUUGAUAUGUUUCUGCUGCAGGUGUGCAACAGCAUCAUGAAGAAAGCUUUCACACAGUGAUUAUUGAAUUUUUAUUUAUAUGCUAUCACUCAAGAGGAGGAGGGGAACGUGAACUAUUGAGAAAAAAAUAUUAGAAGACGAAAACUAGUUUUUUGAAAAGGGCUCAAAUCAAGGCGCCAGUAUUUAGAGAUUGUGCUUGGGAAAGGAGCCUGGUAUAAAGUUAUUUAUUUAAAUGCGCUCAGGGUACAGUACAUUGUAUUUGUACGUACUUUGUUUUAAGUUAAGAUUAUACUUAAUGUAUUAUCUUUUUUUUAAAAACUGGCUGUGACAUAAUAAUUGCAUUAUUAAUAUGUGGCUCCUCUGACUUGCACCACAAACUCAUGCCUAGAAAAGUACAACCUGCUAAAGAAAAGUAGUACAGUUGUAAAAACUACGGGUGAAAUAGAUUUUAUAUGAUAUCGCAGAUCUGGCACUGGCUGAUGAUGAUGAUGAUGGAGGUGUAAAAAUAAUUUUGAUAAUGACAAUUUCUUAAAGUAAUUGUGUUGUUGAUGACACAAUCAUUGCCUUUUAAGGUAAAAUUAGUAAGUACUUUUUGUAUGUCAAUGUACAAGGUGAAUGUUUUCUCUUCCUAAGUGUUAUUCAAAUAUAGAUAUAUCAGGGUUGCCUUGUGUAUUGUUCCUUUGGUAUUUGUCUUAUGUCAUGAGUAUUAGUAUUACAAAUAGUUAGGAUUAGACAUCCAAUUUAAAAAAAAAAUUGGACAUGAGUUGGUUGAUCUUUUUGUUCUUCCUGGUGCUGCUAUGACAAGCUGAUGCUCAUUAGUCUGAAAUAACUUUAUACCGAACCUCGCUAAAAGAAGCCAAACUCCUGACUACGGUUUUACUUCAAGGCAGAUGGAGACCAGGAUUGUGUUCAAGCAUCAAGUGAUGAAGUAAGAAAUGUCUCUUUGAGGUAUGGCAUCUUUCUGUGCUGUUUAUCCAAAUCAAAGUGGUUUUCGACAAAGUUGUCUUUGUUGGUGGUUAUAUAUUACUUUAUUUAGUAAUAAAUGAUAGCUAUUCUUUCUCCAGAGUCUUUCCUGUGUACCCUGUGGAGGAUAAGAGAUUUUGUAUUUUUGAGAUAAAAGAAAUAUCUUGCUGAGAUUCUCUUUCCUUUCUUCAGUUUUCUCUUUGAUAAGGUAUAACAAAUAUUCUGUCAACAGAAGGUUUCUCAUUGAAUUCAUCAAUUCUGUGAAGUCUAUAGAGAGCUGGCUUGGUCUUUAUUCACAAUUGUCCCUUCCUGAAACCUAUUCCCCUCUUAAAUAUUGUCUUGUAAUGAGUUGUUGAGUUGGAAUGAUAAACUUUUUUUUUUUAAUUGUAGAUGGCGACGCUUUUCCUCAUGGGCCAUAUUUGUGACAAGCUUGUAUCUUCACUUCCUCAUUAACAUUGUUAUGCUUUCAAAUUCUCACGAUCUCAUUAUAGUCAUUUUCUCUUGAAUAAAUAGUUGAAAUUAUGAGUCUGACUUUGAUCAAUGUAGGUAUGAUGAUAUAACUGUCGCAGACGUGUACUAUAUAAAGCCAAAUACUGUAGCAUCUGCCUGUGCUCUCAUUCCUGUGUGUUAAUUAAAUGUAUAGUUGAUUGAUCGUUUCAUUGUGUUUUGAAAUGUGGUGUUUCAAAUGCAAAAGAACAGUGCUAAGAUUGAAAGGAGUUAGAUACUGUCUCCUUUAACUUUAAGACAUCUAAAAUCUGUAUAUGUUGGUUCAAAUAUGUGGCAGUGUGUUACAGGACAUUUUUGUCGACCUUUUUCAGCCUUGACUUAAUAUCUGCACUGGUUAAUGCUGCUCUACAGAUUUUGUUUCCAAAUUGAAAUUUCGAACUUGUGGAACCAGGUUCAUACUCAAAGUCAGUUUAGUUGAUAUUGUGUAUGGUAGGCCAGCAACUUUUUUUUUAAAGCAGCAGUGAAGAGCUAUAACUGGAAAUAAUAAAGGAAAUGGUCACUAUUUAAUUACUUAUUUUGUUUGAAUAAGAUCUUUCUUUAAUGUGUUUGAAAUUUUAUUUGACUUUAACAAUUUUGCGUAUGAUGAACUUCUUUAUGUUAUACUUUGAAUACAGCAAAACAACAAACAUGUUUUGGGAAUUUCCUUGCUUUCUUUAUGGUGUAGCCUACCAUUCUUUGAACAUCAAAAGUGCAACACUUUCGAGUAAAAUAUUACUUGAGAUGUUUGUUGGCUGAUGAACUUCUCCAAAUACUAAGAUUCUUUUUGCUGUGUUUUUCUGCGUAGUAAUGAGAUCUAUCUUCCAGUUUAUUGUGUAACAAGCCUUAUGUUGUCAGUUGUUAGUAAGUCCUUGGCAGACUCAUAAGUGACAUUCUGUUUAGCAAUUUUUCUGCAUAUUAUUAGUAACUUUUGUAGUUUUCAGUUAUUUUUAAUAAAGCAAAAAGUUAUUUGUUGUUUUUUUAACUUGGUCAUGUGUAAAUACUAACCCCACAACUUGUAUCAUCACUGUCAUAAAAUUACUAAUGUCCAUUUGAUCCUACUUUCCAAACUUUUUGUUACUCAUUUUUCUUACUACAGUACAGUAACAGUAACAGUAUUCUCUAAUGUUUCAUGAACCUACCUACCUAAGAAUACUAAGAUCAUUUCUAUCUUCGUUUGUUUGUAGGUCGCGUAAUCUGGUGCAUGUAGUUGAUUUACUGAGGUGAUUAUGUAACACUAGCUUAUAAAACCCCUUUUUGCUGUAGAACAAACAUUAUUCCAACAAAUAUUUGUAAAUAAAAUUGAUUAAGACUAUGGU